AUGGCAUCAGAGUACAUUGAGCCUCAGAAAGCUGUCUAUCAGGACACUGGUGAUCCUAUGUCCAUUGCCUAUACAAGCCAAGCUGGCGAGUUCCCUGAGCUAUCUCAAGACAUCGACUAUUCCGCUACUAGGAAGCGCUCAUUCAGCGAGUAUCUUGAAUCAUCUGAGGAUCUCGAGACUCCAAUUAGCAAACUCCGUUGCGUUACUAUAAGCCCGCCCAUACCUGAGCCGACAGCUUCAUUAACCACAGCAGAAUCACGAGAUCAACUAGAGAUCAAAAAUGCAAACCUUAGGAUGCUAAACAAUUGGUACUGCUCUUUUACAGAAGCAACAGCGCCUGGUAAUAAUCUUAAAUCUUUCCUCGAUGAAGCUUCCCUCUCCAAGAACGGAGAUAGCUUUGAAGGGCUAUUUUCGAACUUCCAAGCCGACGACGCUCAUCCGAACCUAGCAGGUUCUCUAAAUGCUUUGCGAUAUCCCCUUUAUAAGCAUCAGCUAAUAGGGCUGGAAUGGAUGAAGAAAAUGGAGCUAGAUAAGGAGAAGAGGGGUGGCAUACUUGCUGAUGACAUGGGUCUUGGAAAGACACUUUCGGCUAUUGCUCUGAUGGUUAGUCGCGACACUGAGCCGUUUCGAUGGUCCAAUGUAAAAACCAACCUCAUCAUUGCUCCAGUAUCCCUGCUCAAGCAAUGGGAGCGGGAGAUUAAGCAAAAAAUCCUGCCUGGCUACCAGCUAAAAGUUUUUAUACAGCAUUCUAGAAAGAAGAAUUACAAUCAGCUCCGCCAUUAUGAUGUUGUACUGACUAGCUACGGAUUGAUCGUGUCUGAAGUCAAGAAGAGGGAUCAAUACAUCAGACAAGCGAAAAAGGAGGGACGGGAGGUCGAUGAGGAUUACUUGUCUGAGAUCUGCCCAUUUCUGAGCCAAAAAAGCCUCUUCUAUCGCGUUAUUCUUGAUGAGGCACAGUACAUCAAAAACCACAAAGCCAAAGUUUCAAAGGCCGUUUGUGAGUUACAGGCCAAGUACCGUUGGUGCCUAACAGGGACACCAAUGCAGAAUGGGCCAAACGAACUCGCCGCCCUUGUCCGAUUCUUAGGGAUCGAACCAUACUGCGUGGUUGAAAAAUUCCAUGCAGAAUUCAAAUCCCUGCAGCCCGGAUCUAAAGGCAGCCCAGACGAGAAGAGGAGGGCAAUGAAAACGUUGCAGAGUCUCCUUAAAGAUAUUCUACUUCGACGAACAAAGAAGUCUAAGAUUGACGGAAAGCCUAUCGUCCCGUUGAAAGAGAAAAUAGAGGUCAUUGAUCAUGUUGUUUUUGAUCCUGAUCAACAGGAGUAUUAUGAUACUCUUGAGAAGGAUGCCCGUGUCCAGUUUAGCAAGUAUCUCAGGGCUGGCACAAUUGGGAAGCAUUAUACCAAAGUCUUGAUACUCCUUCUUCGGUUACGCCAAGCUUGUUGUCAUCCGUAUCUGCAUCUCACUGAUCUAGAACUAAUCGUACCCGACAUCCCAGAGGAGCAGGCAGAGGAGUCUGCAAAGACCAUACCCCCAGAGGUAGUCGAGCAUAUUAAGGAAACCGAGCUCUUCCAUUGUUCCGUAUGUUCUGAUGUCGUAUCAAACCCUUCUAUCAUGUGCCCUUGCGGAGAUCUGCUCUGUUCGCACUGUGUUGAGGCAUUUAUGAACAUGCUUAGGGAGAGGGAGAUACGCACGGCAGGGGAUGAGCGCAGCUUAGAGUGUAUGGCCUGUCACAAGCAAGGCAAUUUCACACCAAUCAAGUUCGAUUCAUUCUUGAAGACAUACCAGCCUGAGCGGCUUCAAGAUGAAAAGGAGUCAGAAGCGGGUGACACAGAUGACGACGAUGAUGAUUCCGACGAUGAUUACGAGGUUGAUCUUAAACCAAACGAGCUUGCGAAGUUGUGUCAGCGGGCAAAACACAAUCAGCGAGCCCACAAAAGGUACAUGCGAAACCUUCGUGAAAUCUGGCAGCCAUCGGCUAAGGUAGCCAAGUGCUGUGAGCUCAUUUCGACUAUCCAGAAUACUACGGGAGAGAAGAUUAUAAUUUUCUCGCAAUGGACCAUUUUCCUUGACCUAAUUCAAAUCUCAAUCGAAGAUGAACUUGGGCUUCGGGUUGGCCGCUACGAUGGUAGUAUGACAGCAACCAAACGUGAUAAGGCAAUUAGUGAAUUCACCGAGGAUCCCGAGGUGAAGGUUAUUUUGGUGUCUCUCAAAGCCGGAAAUGCUGGCCUCAACCUGACAGUAGCCUCACAAGUUAUUAUUAUGGAUCCGUUCUGGAAUCCCUACGUCGAGAAUCAGGCCAUCGAUCGCACAUACCGUAUUGGUCAACAGCAAGAUGUUACAGUCCACCGAAUCCUUGUCGAGAAAACCGUGGAAGAUCGGAUUAUGGCCACGCAGGAGAAGAAGCGUCGAGUCGUCGAAUUUGCUCUACAGAGCGAAAAUGCGAUGAAAGAUAUGAGCAAACUUGGUACUGAGGAUCUCGCAUUCCUCUUCGGCAUGGAUUCCUAG